GGACCCACUUUCAAAAAGCUGAUCCCUACUCGUUUUCCAAUCCUUUUCCAUCGGCGCCGAGCUCCUCUCGUUUCUCUUACCGGUCUGUGGUUGAAAUCUGUUUUGAGGGAAGAAGUUAAUUAUAAUCUUGCGAGAGGCAGGCUUGAAAAUUUCUGGAGUUUCGAUCUUCAGGAGUCCUUCUGUGAGCAGUAGUCUCUCCCUUCUCCUCCGUCUCCGUGACCCCAGAUCUCAAAAGCGGAUUGUGUUAGUAGGAGCAGCUGAAGGGAAGUGAUCAUGGGUAACGAGACGGCGGGGAACGAGCCCGUGGCCAGGCAUGAGGGAAAGCUCACUGCAAUGGCUGUUUGCUGGCUUCUCGGAAACGGAUCCCUUUUCGCGUGGAACAGCAUGCUGACCAUCGAGGAUUACUACUCAAGAAUCUUUCCAGAUUACCACCCUACUAGAAUCCUCACUCUUAGCUAUCAACCAUUUGCCUUUGUAACCCUUGCUAUACUAACAUAUCACGAAGCGAGGAUCAAUACAAGAAUCCGGAACCUAGUAGGGUUUUCUCUCUUCUUUCUAGCUUCAUCUAUGAUCAUCGUUUUGGAUGCGGCAACAUCCGGUAAAGGAGGAAUUGGACCUUUUAUUGGAGUUUGUGCUAUCAGCGCAGCAUUCGGAGUCGCAGACGCUUUUGCUCAAGGUGGAAUGGUUGGUGAUCUCUCUUUCAUGUGCCCAGAAUUUAUGCAGUGUUUUUUCGCUGGUUUAGCUGCAUCAGGCGCAAUGACCUCUGCAUUAAGGUUCAUUACAAAGGCAGCUUUUGAGGAUUCUCACAAUGGUCUUCGCAAGGGAGCUAUGUUGUUCUUUGGACUCUCUGCGUUUUGGGAGCUGCUUUGUGUUGUUCUGUAUGCAGUUGUCUUUCCGAAGCUUCCAAUUGUGAGAUACUAUCGAUCCAAGGCAGCUUCAGAAGGAUCACAGACCGUUGUCGCCGAUCUCAUUGCUGGAGGAGUAGAACGGCCAAAGCCAGAAGCCGAAGAAGAUCCAAAAAAUCUAGGGCGUUUAAGCAACUCCCAACUGAUAUUACAGAACAUAGACUACGCACUUGAUUUGUAUCUGAUAUAUGCCCUUACACUGUCAAUAUUUCCCGGAUUUCUGUCAGAAGACACCGGAUCGCAUAGCUUAGGCUCCUGGUACGCCCUUGUGUUGAUUGCUAUGUAUAAUAUAUUGGACCUCAUCGGGAGGUACACACCGUUAAUAAAAUGCAUAAACAUAACAUCGCGCAAAGGACUCAUGGUUGCAAUACUUUCUCGUUUCUUAUUCGUGCCGGCGUUCUACUUCACCGCAAAGUAUGCUGGCCAAGGUUGGAUGAUUAUGUUGACGUCGCUGUUGGGGUUAACCAACGGUCAUCUUACAGUGUGCGUUAUGACCGCAGCGCCCAAAGGCUACAAGGGGCCUGAGCAGAACGCGUUGGGGAAUUUGCUCGUGUUGUUUCUUAUUGGGGGCUUGUUAUCAGGAGUGACGCUCGAUUGGCUGUGGCUCAUAGGGAAAGGCUGGUGAUGCCUCGGUGAUUCGUAUGCGUCUCAUGAAUUAGCGGCGCAUAAAUAAUUAAGCACUUCCUGUGUUUCUGAAAGUGUAUAGUGAUUGUUUGAAUUUAGAAAAUACCUCUUCGAUCGGUAGGGGUUGAAGACGAUUACAGGAUUCAUGCGGCCGAAAGCCUCUAGAGAUGGACAGAAUUUGCUAUUGAUAAUAAAAGUUCAUUUUCCUUCUUUUA